AUGUUGAGAAAUCCAAGAACAACAUUGAUUAUUGUUGGUAUAUUCUUCCACCUUUUCUACCUAUGGUCUAUCUUUGAUAUUUAUUUUGUAUCACCUCUAGUUCAUGGUAUGUCAUAUUAUCGUAGUACAGAUGCCCCUCCAGCUAAAAGGUUAUUUUUAAUUGUUGGUGAUGGUUUACGUGCUGAUACAACUUUUGAUUUAAUUACACACCCAGUUAGUGGUGAAACUGCAUACUUAGCCCCAUAUAUAAGAUCAAUCGUUUUAAAUAAUGGUACUUAUGGUAUCUCACAUACUAGAAUGCCGACCGAAUCUAGGCCUGGGCAUGUCGCCAUGAUAGCUGGCUUUUACGAAGAUGUUAGUGCAGUAACAAAAGGUUGGAAAGAAAAUCCUGUAAAUUUCGAUAGUUUUUUUAACCAAACAAACCAUACUUAUUCAUUUGGUUCUCCUGACAUUUUACCUAUGUUUAAACAAGGUGCAUCAGAUCCCAAUAAAAUAGAUGCUUGGAUGUAUGGCCAUGAAUUUGAAGAUUUUUCUCAAUCAUCACUUGAGUUAGAUGCCUUUGUCUUCGAUCAUGUAAAUGAAUUAUUCAAGAAUGCAACACUAGAUAGUGAUUUAAAUGAACAAAUAAAACAAGAUGGUAACUGUUUCUUUUUACAUUUAUUAGGUUGUGAUACUGCUGGUCAUUCAUACAGGCCAUAUUCUGCAGAAUAUUAUGAUAAUGUUAAAUAUAUUGACAUGCAAAUUUCACAACUGGUAGAAAAAGUAAAUGAUUUUUUUGGAGAUGAUCAAACUGCAUUUGUUUUUACAGCUGAUCAUGGUAUGAGUGCAUUUGGCUCUCAUGGUGAUGGACACCCUAACAAUACUAGAACUCCCUUAGUUGCUUGGGGUGCUGGUAUCAAUAAACCAGAAAAACAUCAAUAUCCAAUAGUUAAUAAUUACACCGAAAGCUGGGGAUUUGACUACAUCAAACGUAACGAUGUUAAACAAGCUGACAUUGCUUCGUUAAUGUCUUACCUAAUUGGUACAAAUUAUCCAGCUAAUUCCGUAGGAGAGUUACCAAUAUCAUUUAUUGACGGAGAAGAAGGGAAGAAAAUGCAUUCUUUAUUAAAUAAUGCAAAAAGUAUUUUGGAACAGUAUAUUGUAAAAGAAGCAGAAAUUAUAGAUUCACAGUUUAUAUAUAAAGAAUACUAUAAAUUUCAGGAAAAGUCCUAUCACAUGUACUUACAAGAAAUUAAUCAAUUAAUUUCAAAUAUAGAAGCAGGAGAAAUUAAUCUAGAAAAAGAUGCAAUCGAAUUGAUCGAAGAAUUAAUCACUAUUACCCUCGAGGGUCUACAAUAUUUAACGACAUAUAACUGGAUAUUUAUCAGAUCAAUUGUCACAAUGGGUUUUAUUGGAUGGAUUGUUUAUGCAUUUAGUUUAUUCUUAAGAUUAUUCAUCCUAAACAAAAGCAAUGGUAUUUAUUCCACUUCAAUUAUUAAUUUACUAUUUUUCACCACAACAGGUAUUAUAUUAUAUUACAUUUUAUACUACCAGCGUUCACCAUUCAAUUACUACAUGUAUCUGUUAUUCCCUCUCUUUUUCUGGAGUCAAAUUGUUACUAUGAAAAUGGUAUUAAAAACGGGUAUAAAGGAAUUCUUCAAUGGUAUUUCAACUUCCUAUAAAAUUCUAAUCUCAAUGGCAAUAAUAUUAAUUUAUGAAGGGAUUGUUUAUGGAUUUUUACAUCGUUGGAUUUUUUCAGUAAUCUUUAAUAUACUAGCCUUUUACCCACUAGCAUGUGGUGUAAACGGUAUUUAUACUAAUUUGGGAUGGAUUAUAACUAGUGCUUGUAUCUCAACAUUUACUACUUUUGAUGCAGUUAAAAUUGAAGACCUAAAUCAAAUAAAUACAGCAGCAGUUCUAAUAAUCAUUAGUGGUAUUUAUGGCUUACAUAAAGUCAAGAAAUUACUAAGCAGCUACUCUACAAAUCUGUUUAUUUUCCAAAUCGUGCUGGUUGCCCUGAGCUGUCUCAUUUCUAAUAAAUCUGCCACAUCUCUUCAAUUGAGAGAAGGUUUACCUCGUGAUGCACAAAUUGGUGGAUGGAUUUCAUUAUUUGUAACUUUAAUAGUUUGUCCAUUUAUGCAUUACAGACAUCCAGUGAAUGAUUAUCGUGUUAGAUUAUUACUGAUUUAUUUAAUGUUUGCUCCCACUUUUAUUAUUCUAAGUAUAUCGUUCGAGGCAUUAUUUUAUUUCUUUUUUACUUGCUAUAUUAUUCAAUGGAUCGAAAUCGAAUCAUAUAUCAAAGUAACAUACAAACAAAAUAACUGGUUGCAAUUACUAAGAGUUUCAGUGAUUGGAUUUUUCUUAUUACAAGUUGCAUUCUUUGGUACUGGCAACGUUUCCUCUAUUUCAUCAUUUUCAUUAGACUCUGUUUAUAGGUUAACACCCAUCUUUGAUCCUUUCUUAAUGGGUGCCCUAUUAAUGUUGAAAUUGUUAAUUCCAUAUUUAUUAUUAUCAAUUGGUUUAGGUAUUCUUAAUCAAAAACUUCAAAUCAAAGAUUAUGCAAUUUCAACAUUAAUCAUUUCUUCAAGUGAUAUGUUGUCAUUAAACCUAUUUUAUCUAGUCAAGACAGAUGGCUCAUGGUUAGAUAUCGGCAUGACGAUCUCAAAUUACUGUUUAGCAAUUCUUUCUUCUUUGUUUAUGCUAGUUCUGGAAAUUGUUAGUCAUAUCUUAUUGAAGAACGUUACUAUCGAAAGACCAGUAACUGAAGGAAAAAAGAAAAAUUAA